CUCACCUGUAAAAUGGUCAGUUUUCUAGUGGACAGGGAACACCGUCUCCACGGAAAAUGUUUUUAACAGACUACUGUAGGUUCCGUCACACUGAAGAAGAUGUCCACACGGCAAAUAGAUGUUUAGCAUCACUAACCAUUGGGGAAAUGCGCGUUAAAUCCACAGUGAGAUAUCAUGACACAGCUAUCAGAACAGCUAAAAUAAAAAAUGACAACACUAGUUGCCAGUGUGGAUGCUAGUGUGGAUGUGGGGAAACUGAAUCACUCCCACAGUACUGGUGAGAAUGUGAAAUGGCAGAGCCAUUCUGGAAAACAGUUAGACAGUGUCUUAAAAAACAAAACAGAGCAGCUACCCUAGGACCUGGCAAUUGGAGUCCUGGGCAUUUAGCCCAGAGGAGAGAAGACCGACGCUGACACAAAAACCUGUACACAGAUGUUUACAGCAGCUUUAUUAGUGAACGCCCAAGCCUGCAGACAAUCCAGAAUUCCUUCAGCAGGUGGUGAAGCAAACUGUGAUACAGCCAUAUCCUGGCAUACUACUAAGAGACACAGAGAAAUGAACUGUGAGCACCUGUGGCAAUCCGGAUGACUCUCCCGUUAUGUUGAUUGAGUGGAAAAAAGCAAAUCACAAAAAUGUUACAUACUAUAUGAUCCCCUCUGUAUACCAUUCUUGAAAUGUCAAAAUUAUACACAUGGAGAACAGAUUCGUGAUUGCCAGGGAUUAAAGAGGUGGGGGAGGUGGAAGGAAGUUUGUGUGGUUGUAAAAGGGUAAUAGGAAGGAUCCUUGUGGUGAUGGAAGUGUCUGGAAGUCUCUAUCUGUAGAAAAUUGAUGUAAUCUCUCUGUAUUAUUUCUUACAGAUACAUAUGAAUCUAUAGUUAUCUCAAAAUAAAAAAGAUUACUUUUAAAAAAUCAAAACGUGCAGGCCAAAUCAGGGAAACAAGUAUGUCAGUUUGGCAGUUACGACAUGAGCCUUAGAUCCGUGACAUCAUAAUGGUAGUGCUCUCAGGUUACUGUGGAAUCCUCAGGCUUCAAGCAUUUUACAGUACUCUGCCUAGUGCUGUAGACUCACUUGAUUUUCAGUCCUGAGAACUGAAGACAAAAGGAUGUUCACAUCAUUCAGAAAGUAUGCAGAACUUAUAGGUGGUCAUUCAAGGCUUCACUGCAGAAGGUAGUCUUUUGAUAUACUAUUUUUGAGCCUCAAAACAGACUGACAAUAACAGGAAGUGUUGUUCUCUUUUGUUUCUUCUAAUACGUGUAAACUAAUGAGUAACUUCAGCACCAGCUUCGUGAAAGGCUACUCAGGUUCGUAAGAUUCAGUGCUGCUGAGCUGAAGAGAGCAGGGUUUACAUUCUCGGAGGAGACACUUUCUUGGCUCCACGAGAGAGAAUUUUCCCAGGUCUAUGAAAAUAUCUGUCCUAUUUAUGAAAGAACUUUUGCAUUCUGUUCAAUUUAGCUGUUUUACCUAUGAUGACCAGAAAGUCCUAUCAGAGCUCAGUCAGAGCUCAGCCAAGUAAUAGCUAAACUCUUGUGUUUAGAAACUUUUUGACGUUUCCAGUAUUUUUGCCGAUCUUUGAGAAUUUUCCCCCCAAGUUUGAAUAUUGAUUUAGAUAAGAUUUAGAUAGAUUUAGAUAAGUAAAUUUCCAGAAUCUUCAGUUGUCUUCAUUUUUAUCUUAAGAUGAAAGCAAAUUGUAAUUAAUUCUUCACACACACACCAUAUCAUUUUGUUUUAUAUUAGGCCGCCAAUUGUCCUGUUUGUUGUUGUUGUUUGUUUGCCUUCUUGUAAUACACUCUACCUCUUGAUCCUCCCCUUCCUAAAAGCUCAUGAUUAGCUUUGCUGCUUUCUCCACCCCACGUCUAAGUGUUGGCAUGCCCAAGGGCUUUGUCCUUGAAACUGUUCUCCAUCUGCAUCAAUUCACCAAGUGACCUCAUCUCUCUCUCCUUUUUUAAAAUAUUUUGUUUAUUUAUUUGAGAAAGAGAGCAUGUGAGAGAGAGAGAGAGAGAGCUCAAACAGGGUGGAGGGGUAGAGGCAGAGGGAGAAGCAGGCUCCCCGCUGAGCAGGGAGCCCGACGUGGGACUCGAUCCCAGGACCCUGGGAUCAUGACCUGAGCUGAAGGCAGACGCUUAACCGACUGAGCCACCCAGACGUCCGACCUCAUCUCUUUCAAUAGCUUUCUAUAACUCAGCGAUCCCUGAAUGUGAGCUCUGGAGCUCUGCUUUCGGGGUUGAGACUAAAUUUUAGUGUUGUGCGAACCUUGACAUUUAGCAUAAAACUCUAUUGUAUAUUUGACUAGUAACUAGCUGCUCCGUGGUGUUUGGUGGGUUGCAGGAAGAGCUCUUCUGUUGAGGUGGAUGCCUGCAGCAAAAGCACUACAUCAUCUGAGGGUGCCGCCCAUACCCUGCUUAUCCACGGCCCCGUCGAGCUCAAGAGCGGCUGGAGGAGGCAGAAGCGGCACCUCUUCUUAUUCAGCGAUUUCUUGCUGGUGUCCAAUACCAAGUAUAAGAAAAAACUUAAGAUAAAAAAGAAAAUACCACUGAACACCAUGUGGACUGCCAACUGUAUGGACAGAGUGGAGGAUGCCAACAUCUGUGCUGGGAGGUCCUUUAUCCUGGGCUGGCCCACGGUGACCUUUGUGGCCACCUUCGGUUCUUCGGAACAAAAGGAAAAAUGGCAUUCUUUCCUUCAAAGGUAUAUCAGUCUGGCCAAAGAGAAGGACCAGCCCAAAAGCAUUCCUCUCAGAAUCUUCACUGAGGACAUCAAGAACUGUGCCUGUUCUGUAACUGUAACAGUAACAAAUUCAGACACAGUGAAUGACAUUAUCAACAUGUCACUACCAAUGCUAGGAAUAACUGGCUCUGAGAAAGACUACCAGCUGUGGGUGAGUGCUGGCAAGGAAGCGUCCCCACACCCACUCACUGGACAUAAACAUCCCUAUGGAAUUAAAAUGAGCCAUCUUCCAUCUACCACACUGCUGCCGCAGACACCAGAGGACUCCAUCUCUCCUUCCACCCUCCAGGAGUCCCUCCUUCUGGAGCAGGGGUUCGCAGAGAUGCAAGGCCAGUUCAUCCUGAAGCUCAGGCACCCAACGCAGAAUGAGCAAGGGAGAGAUUACGGGCAGAAGACACUUAAAAGCCGUUUUUUCAGAGACUGGGCCUGUUGUCUGGGCUCCAGCACUAGCCAGCACAGCCAGUGCACAACCCCACCUUCUUCAAAGCCAGGACAGCUCUUUGGAGUUUCCCUCAUGGAUGUGUGUGAUAAAGACAACCUGCCGUUGCCAAUUCUGGAUAUGCUUUCCUUUAUUAAUCAAAAAGGGCCACUCACAGAAUGCAUCUUCAGCAAAUCACCCAAUAUAAAAUCAACUAGGGUCAUAAAGGAGAAACUAAAUUCUGGGGUCAAAGUGGACCUGUACAGCGAAUCUGUUCAUGUGGUCGCAUCCGUCUUAAAGGAUUUCCUAAGAAAUAUCCCAGGAAGUAUAUUUUUGUUCAAUCUCUAUGACAAAUGGCUCGGUGUUAUUGAUCAAGGGAACGAAGAGGAGAAGAUGACUGCAGCGCGGAGGCUUUUAGCCCAGCUGCCAAGAGCAAAUGUUGUUCUCUUGCGAUACCUUUUUGGAGUGCUAUACAACAUCGAGCAACAUUCCUCAUCCAAUCAGAUGACAGCUUAUAAUUUAUCCGUUUGUAUAGCCCCAAGCGUUCUUUACCCACCUGAUUCCGACAGCUUGGAAUUGGAAGACAACUUGAUAAAAAAGAUUUCUCUUGUACAAUUUCUCAUUGAAAAUUGCCUUAAAAUAUUUGGAGAAGACAUCACUUCCCUCUUGGGAGAGAACUCAAUGAGUCGUGGUAACAGCGAGCAGGCUGCAGACUCCAGCCUGAAGACUGUGAAAACCCGUUCUUUCAGAGACAGGGUGUUUUGUCGGGGUUCCAGCACUUCCCAGCACAACCAGUGCACAGCCCCACCUUCCGCAAAGCCAGGACAGCUCUUUGGAGUUUCCCUCAUGGAUGUGUGUGAUAAAGACAACUUGUCCUUCCCAAUUCUGGGUAUGCUUUCCUUUAUUAAUCAGAAAGGGCCACUCACAGAAGGCGUCUUCAGAAACUCAGCCAAUAUAAAAUCCCGCAGAGUCCUAACGGAGAAACAAAAUUCUGGGGUCAAAGUGAACCCGUACAGGGAAUCUAUUCAUGUGUUCGCAUCCGUCUUAAAGGAUUUUCUUAGAAAUAUCCAUGGAAGUAUAUUUUUAUCUGAUCUCUAUGACAAAUGGCUCGGUGUUAUUGAUCAAGGCAACGAAGAGGAGAAGAUAACUGCAGCCCAGAGGCUUUUACCCCAGCUGCCAAGAGGAAAUGUUGUUCUCUUGCGAUACCUUUUUGGAGUGUUAUACAACAUUGAGCAACCUCCCUCAUCCACUCAGAUGACAGCUUAUAAUUUAUCAGUGUUUAUAACCCUAAGCGUUCUUUACGCACCUGAUUCUGGCACCUUAGAAUUGGAAGACAACUUGAUAAAACAGAUUUCUCUUGUACAAUUUCUCCUUGAAAAUUGCCUCAGGAUAUUUGGAGAAGACAUCACUUCCCUCUUGGGAGAGAACUCAAUGAGUCGUGGUAACAGUGAGAAGGCUGCAGACUCCGGCAAGAAAACUGUGACAAGCCGUUCUUUCAGAGACAGGGCCUUUUGGUGGGGCUCCAGCACUUGCCAGCAGAACCAGUGCACAACCCCACAUUCUGCAAAGCCAGGACAGCUCUUUGGAGUUUCCCUCAUGGUUGUGUGUUAUAAAGACAACCUGGCCUUCCCAAUUCUGGGUAUGCUUUCCUUUAUUAAUCAAAAAGAGCCACUCACAGACGGCGUCUUCAGAAACUCAGCCAAUAUAAAAUCCUGCCAUGUCCUAAAGGAGAAACUAAAUUCUGGGGUCAAAGUGAACCCGUACAGCGAAUCUGUUCAUGUGGUUGCAUCCGUCUUAAAGGAUUUUCGUAGAAAUAUCCAAGGAAGUAUAUUUUUAUCUGACCUCUAUGACAAAUGGCUCGGUGUUAUUGAUCAAGGCAACAAAGAGGAGAAUAUAACUGCAGCCCAGAGGUAAUGAUGCAAUAAUUACUCUACUCUGGUCACAUCUCCAAAAUAAAGCCAACAUACCAUUAGGAAAACAUUGGCUUACGUUUUGCAGCUUUGCCCACUAUAAUCAUGACCAACGCCAAAGAAUUUCAAUUCUUCACACCCAUGUGGCCCAGCUUAAGAAUAGAGGCACGCUUUAGGGCUAUUAUUGUUCUUCUCCUGAUCUUAUUGUGGACUCCUUGGCCGUUUGACACCUCUGGAUCCAUGCAACUUGUAGACGAAAUUCCCUGGUUCAAGACACAUGCAAGAGCAUCAACUGCCAGGGCUAUGACCUUAAAAGUCUGACAAACGUUUAACUAACCAGAGAAGUGUUUUUCUGGCUCAGGAACUGAAUUCAGUGCAAGAAUUUUGUCUACAUUCAUGCCUCGAACUCUGCUAGAGCGGGUUGUGUGCUAGAUAUACAAGGAUGUAUCCUUUUCCCUGUCUGUUUUUCCAACCUCCUAAGUGGAAUCACUUGCCUAAUUUAAAAGUGUG